AUGAUUGCCAUUGAUCUUAAGUUUGAAGAAUGGCAAUGGCAGUAUCAAAUAUCAACUACCUUUUUCAUUUGUGUUAUAUUACCAACUUUAUAUUAUGUUUAUGCUAAAUAUAUUACUUCAAGUCCAAAUAAUUAUAAUAAAUUAGAAGAACCAAUCAAAUUACAAAUUCAAAUUCCUGAUGAAGCAAGACCUCAUUGGAAAGGUAAGAGAUUAUAUCCUCCUAAUCUUUCAAUUAGGAUUCCAAAUGAACCAAAUAAGAUUCAAAGUUAUUGUCCAGCAACUGGUCAAUAUUUAGGAACUACAAAUGUAACUUCUCCAGAAGAAAUGGAUAUUCAAAUAAACAAAGCUAAAAAGGCACAAAAGGAAUGGAAGAAUUCUUCAUUUAUCUUACGUCGUAAACUCUUGAGAACUUUAACUAAUUUCAUUCUUGAGAAUCAAGAAAAUAUCGCCAGAAUUGCUUGUCGUGAUAGUGGGAAAACUAAAUUGGAUGCUCUGAUGGGAGAAAUUAUGGUUACUCUUGAAAAAUUGAAUUGGAUAAUAGCCAAUGGUGAAAGAGCCUUAAGACCUUCUCAAAGACCAGGUCCUUCAAACUUUUUGAUUGGUUUAAUGAAAAAUGCCGAAAUUAGAUAUGAACCUCUUGGGGUUAUCGCAGCAAUUGUUUCUUGGAAUUAUCCUUUCCAUAAUUUGAUGGGUCCAGUUAUCGCCGCUUUGUUUUCUGGAAAUGCAAUAAUCGUUAAGUGCUCAGAACAAGUAGUUUGGUCUUCAAAAUGGUUUAUUGAUAUGGUUAGAGCAGCAUUGAAACUGUUGGAUAUAGAUGAAAAUUUAGUACAAUUGUGUUGUUGUUUCCCAAAUGAUGCUGACCACUUCACAUGUCAUCCAGGAUUGUCUCAUAUUACAUUUAUUGGAUCCAAACCAGUUGCCCACCAUGUUGUUCAAAGUGCAGCUAAAGAAUUGACUCCUUGUGUUGUCGAAUUGGGUGGAAAAGACGCAGUGGUUGUAUUGGAUGAUGUCAAAGAUAUCAAUGCUUUAGCUUCUGUCAUUUUGAGAGGAACAUUCCAGAGUGCUGGACAAAACUGUAUCGGUAUAGAAAGAGUCAUCUGUCUUCCUAAAGCCUAUGAAAGCUUAGUAGAUAUUUUUACGAAUAGAAUUAAAGAUUUCCGUUUGGGUUCUGAUAUUGAUCAAUCUGAUGAAAUUGACAUGGGGGCUAUGAUUUCAAACAAUAGAUUUGAAGAAAUAGAAGAAUUAAUAAAAGAUGCCGUUAGUAAAGGUGCAAGAUUGAUUCAUGGUGGGAAGCCAUAUCAACAUCCAAACUAUCCACAAGGUCAUUACUUCGAACCUACUUUAUUAGUCGAUGUUGAUCCAAGUAUGAGAAUAUUUCAAGAGGAAGUGUUUGGUCCAGUUCUUACUAUGAUCAAGGCAACGGAUGCUGAUGAUGCUGUUCAAAUCGCCAAUAAUACUGUGUACGGUUUAGGUAAUUCUGUAUUUGGAAGUAAUUUCAAGCAAAUCAAUGAGAUUGCUAAUAAUCUUGAAAGUGGUAAUGUUGCAAUCAAUGACUUUGCUACAUUCUAUGUGGCUCAACUUCCUUUUGGUGGUUGCAAGAAAUCCGGUUAUGGUAAAUUUGGUGGAGAAGAAGGUCUUACUGGUUUGUGUAAUGCAAAAUCUGUCAUUAUGGAUAAGCCGUUGUUAAGGUUAUUAGGAAUCGCUACGAAAAUCCCUCCACCUAUAGAUUAUCCUAUUAAGGAUGAUAAAGCUGCUUGGAAAUUUGUUCGUAGUUUGAAUGUUGCUGGUUAUGAUAACAGAAUUUGGGCCAAGAUAAAAGCAUUUAAUACCUUGGCUAAAGGUGGGAAGUAA